CACGUUCAUCUGAGACCAAGAGGCUCUUCUGCAUGGCGGGAUUUCUCUGUUAGUGCAGUGUGGAAUAUAUAGAAACGUGGAUUCUGUAUAUGUGCCCGUGUGUGUGAGCACAGAUUGGAGUUUAGCAUAACACAGAGAGCUGGAUUACUAAGCAGUCAGAGUUCUCACCUUUAAUGGAAGGACUAUACCACGAUAUUUCAAGAAUUUCCUAUUACACAGAAUAUGACAGACACCUAGCGUACAGUAAAGGCAUGGCGACGGCGUACCUGGAGCCCAGCCUGAGCCACGGCGUGGGCGGGGGGGUCAAGUCCCGGCUCAGCGGGGGAACAGAGCGUUCCGCCCCCGCCCCAGACCGCGUCCUCAAGGUCAUCCACCACUUUGAGAGCAAGAGCGAACACAGCGAACACAGCACAUGGUGCAGCAACAUCCGCCACGGAGAUGCCACAGACGUCCGGGGGAUCAUACAGAAGAUCCUAGACAUCCACAAGGUGAAAUGUGUCUCAUGCUUCGGUCUUCGUCUGAGCCAUGUCCAAUCGGGCGAGGUCCACUGGCUCCACCCAGACAUGGGCGUGUCCCACGUCAGGGAGAAAUAUGAGCAGAACCGAUCACAGGACGAGUGGAGGUAUGAGCUGCGGAUUCGCUACCUGCCAAAGGGCUUCCUGAAUCAGUUUACCGACGACAAACCAACACUGAAUUUCUUCUACCAGCAGGUGAAGAAUGAUUACAUGUUAGAAAUAGCUGAUCAGGUCGACCAGGACAUCGCGCUCAAGCUGGGGUGCCUCGAGAUAAGGAGAUUUUACAGAGAAAUGAGAGGAAAUGCUUUGGACAAGAAAUCCAACUACGAGCUGUUAGAAAAAGAUGUCGGUCUCCGGCGGUUCUUCCCUAAGAGUCUGCUGGACUCAGUCAAGGCUAAAACCUUGAGGAAACAGAUCCAGCAGACGUUUAAGCAGUUCGCCAGCCUGAACGAUGAACAGAGCAUCCUUAAGUUCUUUGAGAUCCUCGCACCAGUGUACAGAUUCGACAAGGAGUGCUUUAAAUGUGCUCUUGGGUCGGGCUGGGUUAUCUCUGUGGAGCUGGCCAUCGGUCCUGAGGAAGGCAUCAGCUACCUGACAGACAAGGGCUCAACACCAACACACUUGGCCAACUUCACUCAAGUGCAGAGCAUCCACUACUCGUGCAUGGAGGAGCGCGAGAGGAAGGGCAUGCUGCAGCUGGAUGUGGCCGGGGCUGCUGAGCCUCUCACCGUCACCACGCCGUCCUUCACCACCGCCGAGAACAUGGCCGACCUGAUCGACGGUUACUGUCGCUUGGUCACCAACGUCACCCAGUCGUUUAUAGUCAGGCCACAGAAAGAGGGAGAGAGAGCACUUCCAUCUAUCCCAAAGCUUGGAAACAGUGAGAAGCGGUUAGAAGCUGUUCGAGCAGGAGUCCGUGCUAUCUCUGUAUCAGAGAAAGGGACAGAAGAAGGAAAGCGUGAGAGACUCUGCAGUGAGCGUGACUCUGCGACUCCGACGCCACCAAAAGCGGCUAAAGCUCGCCGCUUCCUCCUUCCUUUUGUCUUCUGCUCCCAUGAUUCUCCACCCAAGGAAGAUGUUAGUGGGGAUGAAACAGACGACUAUGCAGAGAUCAUAGAUGAAGAGGACACAUACACAAUGCCAUCCACCGAGUGGUAUGGAGUAGACAAAGCCAGAGAUUAUGAGAUCCAGCGGGAGCGUAUCGAGCUAGGCCGCUGCAUUGGAGAAGGCCAGUUUGGAGACGUGCACCAGGGGAUCUACGCCAGCCCAGAGAACCCUUCUCUGUCCGUGGCCAUCAAAACAUGCAAGAACUGCACCUCGGAUAGUGUGCGGGAGAAAUUCCUGCAGGAAGCCUUAACAAUGCGACAGUUUGACCAUCCUCACAUUGUCAAGCUGAUUGGUGUUAUCACAGAGAACCCAGUCUGGAUCAUUAUGGAACUCUGCACCCUUGGCGAGUUGAGGUCAUUCUUACAAGUAAGGAAAUACAACCUGGAUCUGGCGUCACUGAUUUUAUAUGCACACCAGUUGAGCACAGCUUUGGCUUACCUGGAGAGCAAGAGAUUUGUGCACAGGGACAUCGCUGCCAGGAAUGUGUUAGUGUCUUCCGCAGACUGUGUGAAACUCGGAGACUUUGGACUCUCCAGGUACAUGGAGGACAGCUCUUAUUACAAAGCCUCCAAAGGGAAACUGCCGAUCAAAUGGAUGGCUCCAGAAUCUAUAAACUUCCGCCGCUUUACCUCAGCCAGUGAUGUGUGGAUGUUCGGAGUGUGCAUGUGGGAGAUACUCAUGUAUGGCAUCAAGCCCUUCCAAGGUGUAAAGAACAAUGAUGUAAUUGGACGAAUAGAGAAUGGCGAACGCUUGGCCAUGCCUCCCAACUGCCCCCCUACCCUUUACAGCUUGAUGACCAAAUGCUGGGCGUACGACCCGGGCAAGAGGCCGCGCUUCACAGAACUGAAGACCCAGCUCAGCACGAUUCUGGAUGAGGAGAAAGCUCAGCAGGAGGAACGCAUGCGUAUGGAGAUGAGGCGUCAAGUCACGGUGUCCUGGGACUCCGGUGGAUCAGAUGAUGCUCCUCCUAAACCCAGUCGGCCAGGUUAUCCAAGUCCCCGGUCCAGUGAAGGGUUCUUCCCAAGUCCUCAGCAUGCAGGCCAGCACAAUCACUACCAGGGAUCGGGUUACCCUGGAUCUCAUGGCAUGCCGGCAAUGCCCAGUGGAGGAUACCCAGCCCAGGCCUCUGUUCUGGAGUCACACGAGACCUGGAACCACCACAGACAAGACGUACCUGUUUGGUCUCCUAAUAUGGAGGACGGAGGUGCUCUGGACAUGCGGGCGCUGGGACAGGCGCUGCCACCUCAUCUGAUGGAGGAGAGAUUAAUGAUGCAGCAGCAGCAGAUGGAGGAGGAUCAACGCUGGCUGGAGCAGGAGGAAAGCUUCCUGAAGCCAGAGUCCAGGAAUUCAAGGGGCAGUAUUGACCGCGAGGACGGUGCUCUCCAGGGGCUGACGGGAAAUCAGCACGUAUACCAACCUGUGGGCAAAGCAGAUCCCGGAGCUCCACCUAAAAAGCCUCCUCGUCCCGGCGCUCCGACUCACCUGAGCAGCACAGCCAGCAUCAGCCCCGUAGACAGCUAUAACGAAGGCAUCAAGAUCCAGCCUCAGGAGAUUAGUCCACCACCCACAGCCAACCUCGACCGCUCCAAUGAUAAGGUCUAUGAGAAUGUGACUGGACUGGUGAAGGCGGUGAUAGAGAUGUCCAGUAAAAUCCAGCCUGCUUCCCCUGAAGAAUACGUGCCCAUGGUGAAGGAGGUGGGACUGGCUCUGAGAACGCUGCUCGCGACUGUGGACGAGACCAUCCCUAUUUUACCGGCCAGCACCCACAGAGAGAUCGAGAUGGCUCAGAAGCUGUUGAACUCGGACCUGGCCGAGCUGAUCAAUAAGAUGAAGCUGGCGCAGCAAUACAUGCUCACGAGCCUGCAGCAGGACUACAAGAAACAGAUGCUCACAGCGGCGCACGCCCUCGCCGUCGAUGCCAAGAACCUGCUGGACGUAAUCGACCAGGCCAGGCUGAAAAUGAUCACUCAAACACGGCCACACUAGGAAAAAAAAAGGCAAGUUUAGGAGACAGGGACCCUAUGAUGCAGCACAGGACACGAGGGGACGCAAUGUCCACUGCUGGGACUAUAUGGUGAUGUUGUUUACUGAAUCACAGCACCAGUGGCUCUCGACAUGAAACACACCUGUACGCCGGACGUCUCACUACAAGAAUAUGAAAUAUGAAGCCUUUUCUAUAGAGACUUAAACACAGUAUGUUCAGCGGACUCAGAGAUACAGAGUCAUGCUAAUCAUGUUUUUAUUGUCCUGUUUGUGCUGGCUGUUUGCUUUCUUUUUCUUUUCUUUUUUUUUCCUUUUAAAAUAAGUCCAGAGAUGAACUCCAGCAACGGAUACUUUUAUCUGAGAAAACAUCACAACUGGAAUCCACAUGGAGCUAAUGCAGAGCCUGGAACAGCAUGAGCUCUAACCCAAAGGUGUAUCGCAGACACUCACCCACUUCCUGUUCUGAACUGUUGUACAGCAGAGUCUGCCAUUGUUCUGAUUUACACACACACACACAUACGCACAUCGAGGCUCACACUGUUCUUUUUAUCCUCUGACUUCCACUCAGGGGGCACCUUGAGGCACGGCACGACACAUCAUGCUGUUUAUCGUCAUCAUAUUCCGCACAAGAAUGCAUAUAUUUUUUAAAGAAUUGUCUAUGGAAUUAAGAUUUAAAAAAAAUGUGUAUCUCUAAUACUGGGGUAUUAAUGGGUAGAAGAAAAAUGUCAUCAGGGACUGUUAAAAAAAAGAAACUGAAUUUAGUAAACACCUCUUCUUCGUAUCAGACAGUAAAGCACAAUUUUAGUAGCUUAAGACCUUUUUCUUACUCACUGCUUCCUCAAAGUAAAUCUGGUAAAUGUAGAAAUGGUCCACAUUUGCCACCAAUAUCUCUGCGUCUUUCCCCAGGCUGAUCACCUCGGUCACGUCACGUCACCCCCCUGUGUAUAGUACAAUCUAUAAAUGAAUCCUCUUUGUCACUCUGAUAAAUUAUUCUCAGGAAACAAAACUGACUGUACAGAACCUUUAACUAAUAAAAUGUGUUACUCUUGUA